AUGGCCAACAUCGCCUCGUACUCUAACGCUCAAGAUGGGAAGGAGAUAGUAUCUCUGGUUACCAAGGAAAUAGUGCGACUCAUGUCCCACGUGUUGAAGGAAGACUUGAAAGCGUUGUUGACGAUACUCGCUAUCAUGUGUGUUGGUGGAGGCUACGAAGCCCAGCUCAAACUCGUCGAUUUUGGGGUCGUCAAGGAGCUCAAUGAGAUAGCGCAGAAGAUCGAUCUUCUGAAAAAAGCUGAUGCUGAUUCACUCCAGCUCGCAAUCAUCUGGCUAGAAUGCGGCAUCGCUCUGCUGUCUACGAAUGCAAACCUUCGGCGUGAAAUCUCCGAUGAGAACCCCCUUUUCGUGAGACAAAACAUGCGCAUCGCCAGCCAGCUGAUAGCCCAUCUUAAGCCCAAUAGCCGCUCGAUAUCGCGAGUCUAUGGAGUUCUACUCCCAAGGCUUGUGCGGGAUGCCUUUGGUGAAAUACUCACUGAAGAUUGUGGUCCACUAUUGCUAGCUGACGAGGAUCGAAAGUCCUUCUUCGAGACUAUCCUCCUACCAUUGAUCGCUCGGUCCUAUUCGAAUGCACUGCGUGCUCUAUGCUAUCGCACUACAGGCCAGAUCAUCACCGCGAUGGAUGUGGUACAUUCAAAUUUCGUAGCUAUUGCUUGCCGAGCGAUGCAAGGCAUUUCUAAUGCCGUAGCCGAGGCUGCUGCGGAGUGA